AUGGCUACACUACCACCAGUGACUGUGCUACCACAAGCUACCGUCCAGGAUACGUUCCCCGAUGUCUUGAAUGAAGUAUACAAUGGCACUAUCAUCGGAGAAGAUAUCUGGCUUUCGUGCUACAAGAGUGAAGAGCCAUCUGUGCAUGGAAAGGUUGGCACCGGAUUACACGCUGUAGAUCGCGACACCGUCGAGCUCAGAGGAAGGGAUGGUGUGCAGCUCGAACGCGCUAAGGAUUUCACAUACAGGGCGAGCUGCGAAGCGCUUGGUGUCGACACACAGGUGCUGCUGCCAGUGCAGACAUACGCGGACCCUGUCCGAUCUGAAACGAAGCUUCCUCAUCAAAUAUCAGCUUUUGACGUGACCGCCGAUGCUUCACUACUGGCGUGCGCCUUCGCAGAUGGCACCCUUACUGUACAACAUCUGCCCGCACUUGCGUCUUCCGGUUCUCCAUACCCGCCCAGGCAACAACAUAGGGCAGACCCAGUUGCGUCGGGCCGCUUGCACCUUUCCACUAUCGUCGCUGUGCAACUGCUACCGGGUCCAUCACCUAUCCUGGCUUCAGCAGGCGCGGACUUCCGGCUGCACAUCACGCCGCUACCUGUACAGGGCCCCUCUGCGACGUCGGUGCUGCAACCGAGUGCAACGUUAACCGGGCACACUCGGGCGCUAACCUGUCUAACCGCCCUGGGAAACCUCGAGGGCAUCUCUGGCGGUGUGACGCUCGCGUCCGGUGCAAAGGACGGCACACUCCGCCUCUGGGACGUUGCUACUGGAUCGCAAUCAGCCGUCCUUGGCAUGCACGGCUUGAAGACACCCGCAGCUUUGGCUUCCUCACUUACGCAACCGCACACCAUAUGGACUGCGCUCUCGGAUGGUAGCCUUCAGGCUUUCGAUGUUCGAGCUCGAGCAUCGGUGCAGAUCGUCGAAGCCAAUGCGCUCGGCUGCGGUCCGCUUGCCGCCCUUGACGCAUACAAUGACAGCGCGCUGCUACUUGGUGGCGGCCGCGGAGUUGCGGGAGUAUACGAGCCACGCGCUGAUCAUAUGCGAGCAAGGGCCGCGCGUUUAUUGGCGGAGAAGAUGGCCUUCCCUAUAUCGCAGCGAUCGACGAGAACGUGCCAAGGCUGGAGGCGGAGCUUGUUUUCGGGGACGUCGAGGGCGUACGAUCUGCGAGGGUGA